UGUGAACAGCUUGGUAAGCUUUAAAGUAAGCUGAAGAUAACAGCUAAAUGUUGGCUGGCAACCUUUGGCCCAGUCAAAGUCCAGACCUAAAACUAGAUGAGAAUCAUUUUCAGGGCUUGAUAGUUGACGUUUACAUAAACUUUCUAUCCAAUCUAGAUGAGCUUGAACUGCUUUGACCAACUCUUCUUUCAUUCAGUCAGGAUUGGAGGAUUUGUCAGCAUGAAAGCUGGAUAUCAAUCCAAACUUUGACUAGGCCACCCCAACACCUUGUGGUUUGUAUCAUUAUCAUGAUACAGAGCCAAUUUGCGAUUGAAUUUAAGACAAGAGUUUUUAACACUUUGCUGACUGAUAGAUGUCAGACAUUUUAGUUGACAUGAACAGGUGAUAUUUAACAUUUCAGCAUAAACUGGACUCAAAGACUCCUCUGACAAAAAUAUGCAUAAAUAUAAGAAAAAUACUUUUGUUACAAACUUCUACUUUUGUAGUAAAGUUAAUAGUAAAGUGAAAUCACCCUAACGAUGGGAGACCCUCAAAUGAUAACUACUUAGCCCAGAGCUAAAUAUCUAGUUUGAAGAUGAACAUUUAGCUUAUUUGGAGUUGCUUUUGAAACAUAAUCAAAGAAAAAUUAACAGUGGCAUUUGACAAAAUGUAAUGUUUCAAUUGUUUGUGUGUUCUAUGACUUUGUGUUUCUGUUGGGGUUUUUUUUUAUUACGAUGUAAAGCACUUUGAAAUGCCUCGUUCCUUAAAUGUGUUAUACAAAUUUGAUUUGAUUUGAUUAGAUUUGAUCUGUGCACAGUUUGUGGUUGAGUCAAAUCCACACAGUGAGGACAACAUGCAAACAUGGUGGCAAAUCGGAAAGCUCUGAUCCUUUUCCAUAAGAGGAUGUAAAAGAAUCUGCUUUGCAUUGACACAGGAUCACCACAAGGGGGCAUUACAGGGUAAAUGAAAGGUUGGGCUGAGAAUCCUAAAUUUAUCAAAUUACUGCACUUUGACUUGAGUAGCUUACAUUAGUUUUGUACUCUUUCCACUUAUCUUGUAGCAUCUGCAGUAACUUUUCAUCUUCGAUAUCCUGGUCUUUUUUUUUUUUACAGAUUUGUUAUUGUUCUCUCCGUUAUCAAGUUUUGAUUUCGCUUGAAUUAAAAAGUCACCGUCACGCGGUGUUUCCUGGUUUUUAUUCCAAAGUCUGUAAAUGAUGAACGAUUUCCUUCUUUGUCUUAUUUAGUCCACUUCACCAGUUUCAUUUUCCAACAUGGCUCCAUUGAGAACUCCCAGCACUGGUCAUCACAGAGCGGCACACACAUGGGAAACCUCCAACAGGUUGAAAGGUCAACACAGGGAGAUAUAAGCUUAGAGUCCAUUAGUGGAUUAUAACCAUAAACACUCGGCGGUUCCUGCAUCUCCCUUGGAUUAAAGAGAGAGAGAAACACAGAGAGGCAGGCAGGCUGCAUGACAGGGACUGGAAUCUGAAGCAAGCUCAACGGCAGAGACGUGGAACGCUGAAGGAGCUGCGAUCCACCCGAACUCGGAGAUCUGAGGUGAUCUUCCUCACCUGGAAGCUGCGGACGUUCCUCGUUUGAUCCAAAAAGCAGGAAACAUGGACGUGGACAUGGAGGGGAUUAUCCAGUGCAUCAAGCAGGGGGAUGAGAACGGAGUUCAGAUGCAGCUGCAGCAGUUCAACAAAGAGUACUCCCAGUGCUUCUUCUUUGAUGCAGACGAGAGGGAGAGAAAGAGGCAAAGAAAACUAGAAGAGUUCAGGAAGAAUAAAGUGAGGGACUUUGCUGAUUCUGACUCCGACAUUGACGACUUUGGGCAGGAAGAUCGAGGCCUCAUCCUCAGACAGAAUUUAGCCGUCGUCAUUGUGAGGUUCAUGAGGGCAGGAGUGAAGCGCAGUCUGCUGAGAGUCUCUCUGCACUCACUAAGGAUCCUGACCAGGGACAAAAAGAUCCUGGGCCAUCUGGUGACUGACAGCACUCUGCUGACUUUGGCCAAGUUGGCCGGCCUGACCACGAACGACGCCACCGAGGAAGGCAACGACCCCGACUCUGAUUUCUACGACAACAUCAUCGCCUCCCUCGCCGAGGCCAAACUGCUGCAGGGGUGCGCUGAAGAGGACGGCGGCGAGGGCGAGGCCCCGGACCCCUCUGAGGAGUUUCCUGCGGUGGACGACGACUCCAGGAGCGUCACCAGCGGCGGCGACCUGGACAGCAACAGCUGGUUCGGCAGCCACAGGACCAGCAUCAAUGAAAUGCACAGAGGGAGCAUCCAUCAGAAGGCGCUGGAGCGGGGAAGGAGAGACCGCAGAGAGAGCAAGAUGGAGGGGGAAGGAGAUGUGGUGGAGGAGGAGGAGGAGCGCGGGGAGGAGGCGCUGAGGAAAGAGGCCAUGAAGGUUCUGUGCAAUGUGGUGUACAACAGCACCUGGGCUCAGGAGAGGUUCAGCGCGCUCAGGCUUCUGAGCGGCCUCAUUGAGUGUCUUUCCUCCAGUGUAAGCUGGUCGUCUCCCUCCAGUGUCCAGUUUUACGAGCUUCGCCUCAUGUUCCUCAUCACCGCCCUGAGACCCGAACUCAGCACUCAGCUCAAACAGGAGGGAGGCGUUCCCAUCCUCACAGCAGCCCUGGAGAGCUGCCUGGAGGUCCAGUGGAAGGAGCAGUACGAGUGUGUGCUGGAGCCCGCAGCACCACUCAUCUCUCUGGAGGCCUCGCAGCGCAUCGUGGAGAUCCUCAAAAUCCUCUUCAACAUCACCUACAGCACCCACAAGCAGGAGCCAAGCGAGGACGACGCAGCUCUUUACCGACACCUAGUGGCCAUUCUGCGUCUCUGCUUGAUGAGGAAGUGUUUGCUGCCUGAGGACACCGACGAGCUGCAGGGUCACACGGUGAACCUGCUGACGGCGCUUCCUCUGCAGUGUCUCAAUGUGCUGCUCACGAUGCCUCUGGAGCCCGAAUCCAAGCAGAGUCUGGGGGUCAACAUGGACUGCGUCCACACGCUGCUGACCUUCAUGGAGAGGCGCCUGGAGGCGGGAGAUCGAGUCAAAGAGAAGCUGACGCCGAUCCUCAACCUGCUGACGGAGAGCUGCAGGGCGCACAGAGAAACGCGCCUGUACAUCAGGAAACAUAUCCUUCCUCCUCUGAGGGAUGUGUCACACAGACCGGAGGAAGGAGACACUGUAAAGAGUCGCCUGGUUCGUCUCAUGACUCACCUGGACACCGACCUGAAACACUGCGCCGCCGACCUCCUGUUUGUCCUCUGCAAGGAGAACGUGCGGCGUUUUGUGAAGUACACCGGCUACGGUAACGCGGCGGGUCUGCUGGCCACCAGGGGGCUGCUGGGCGGCCAGAGAGCCGUCUCCGACGCCCAGUACUCCAGCGACUCGGACUCGGACACCGAGGAGUACCGGCAGAUGAAGGACCGCAUCAACCCGGUGACGGGGCGGGUGGAGGCGGAGCAGUCGAACCCGAUGGAGGGCAUGACGGAGGAGGAGAAGGAGGAGGAAGCCAAGAGGCUGAUCAUGCUCUUCAACAAGCUGUCCAAAGAAAACAUCAUCCAGCCAAUGGGAGUGGAUGGAGAGGGGAAGCUGGUCCCCAUGACGGGUCUGGAGGAAGCAAAGUCCGAGUCGGAAGACGAGGCAGAAUCAGACAAAGACAACUGAAACAUGACAACCUCAUUAAUCCACUUUAUUGAUUUGGUUUUGUAAACAUUUCAUUACUUCAGUUUGGUUGGUGCAGCAAUGGGAUGCUCUGACUGGAACAGCAAAGAGGACAAAAGAUAAAAUUGUUUGUCAGUGACAGACAGAUAAAAAGGAUUUAAAAAACCAAGAUGUACAGCAGCUUUCACAUUGGUCUGACUCCAGAUUUCACUUAUUUGUGUUGUAGUUCUUGAGACGAAAUCAGUUUCGUUAUGAUUAUGACAUCAGUGGUUUGAUUGCAGUUUGUUCUCUGUGUAUUAAAAAGAUGGCCCUUUCUAAAGUUAUCCAGUAUUUCUUGAUCAGCCAAGAUUACAAACAUGAGAUGGAGUUAACAGGUUGCAGCAAUUAUUUCAUGCAACAGGAUAUCAUGGAGCACAGAUGCAUAUAAAACUGAAGCAGGUUUUGUAAACGCAUUGAGACAAAUUCACAUUUUUUGCAGCAGCAGCACAAUCCCACAUUGAAAUAAACAAUCUUGAAAUGCGCCACUAUUGCCUGUUGAUGCAUAUUCAGCACACAGCAAGGCUAAUAUUAGAAAUGUGCCGCCCCCUAGUGGCCUAAAUUAGUUAACUUGCCCACUAAAUUCAAAUGGACUGUAAUGAAGCAUUUUCUAAUCCGUUCUUCUAGGUUGAAAAGACAAUUUCUGAAUGUUUUAUUAGUGAUUCAUGACAUUAUGUUUCCCUCAUGCUAAAUUAUCAUAUGGCAGUUCAAAAUGGGAAAAACAGGAGAACAUGGCAUUUAAUAAAUGCAAAUGUGAAUCAGGAAAUGGCCACAAGAGAAGGGAAAACAGUUAAUCCAUACUUAAAAAAAUAAAACAGGAACAAAUGGGUCCAGAUGAAGAUUAAACUCAGAUGAAAACAGUUAAAAACAAAAAAAG